AUGGGUGAACAAUUUGUUCAAGAAUGUGAAAAUAAAACCGUUAUAAUUGAUAAUGAUCAAAUUAAUUGGAGUCAAUUGAUUUAUAUUUGUGAACCACAGAACUUGCUUCCUAGCAUUCCUGUCAACGCACAAUGGUCACCAUAUGGAAGGACUGUUGCUGGAAACAAUGGAGUAGGCAAUAUCGUUAAUGAACUCUUUCGGCCUUAUAGUCUCUCCGUUGCUGAUGAUGAUCAAACGAUCGUCAUUGCUGAUAGCUGGAAUCAUCGUAUCGUUCAAUGA